CCAGAGCAAGAGCAGGAGGAUACAGAGAUGCUCGGCGAUGAUGAAGACGCCGAAGGCGAGCCAGACGAUGAUGAACUCGACGCGGACGAGGAUGAGCUGCAAGAAGAGGAGGACGAUGAGGAGGAGGGAAACGACUCGUCUGCUAAGCCUUCACCACCUACACCGAGUAGACCGAGGAAGUCGCUCAAGAUUACACUUAAAGGACGGAGCCCGCUGCAGAAGAAGACUUCUGCUCGCUCAGCAGCUUCAUCCUCAAAGGCAGCAGCAGCAACAGCAUCGUCGUCAUCAAGUCGUCCUACACGCACCGUGGUCAAGAACAACCGGGGCAAGAAGCUUGUCGAGUCCGAGUCGGAUGAUGAAGAUCUGCUAGAUGCAGAGGGCGAAGAGGAAGAGGAUGGGGAGCUGGACGAGCUGGAGGACGAGCUAGAGGACGAAGGAGAUCUGGCUUCUUUACCCGCAGAGGGAACCGAAGGGGAGGAAGACGAUGCAGAUGGAGAAGAAUCUUUCCUUGCCAAUAUGCCAAAGACGGCUAGACAGAUGGCAAAGGCGGGAAUGGGAGAAGAGCUCCUAGAGCUACCACUCUCCGACACCUCUAAAAAGCUCAAGCGCACAGAAGCAGAAGUGGCCCUGAUGCGUUCCGAAGUCGCCCGUCGCAGGCGGUACCAAUCCGAGAAGAAGCUCGACGACGAAAAGACGGAAACCAUCAAUCGUUUACUCAAGAAGCAGGUGGGGAGGAAAUCAACUAGGGAGAUGGGUCAGCCUGAUGAAGAUGAGGAGGAGGAUGAAGCGGGUGGUGCGGAGGGAUCUGGAGGAGCUGGUGGAGUUCGAGGGAUUGGAGGAGAGAGGGACGCAAAGAGGGCAAAGGUCAUGAGUCGAGAGGAGAGCAAGAAACUCCCCAGAGGAAUGUUCAGAAUGGUCAAUAGGGUAGAGGGAACCACGGUUAGCAUACCCAGCAUUGGUACCGGAGGAGCAGGAGCAGGAGUGGGAGUAGGAGUAGGACCGGGAGCAGAAGCAUACAUGGACAGAUGGAGCAACCUCUUCCCAUCGGCCUCAGGCAAGAUUCAGGUCUUGGGAGAAGAGGGGGCAAAGCAACCACCGACGGCUACUGCUACAUGAACCCUCUUCCGUCGCAGCCAAGGCAAGGCAAAAGCGUAUUGUGGCCACUUGAAUAGAUGUCCCACCUGUACUGUAGCAAGCCAACAUUCAUGUGUGCCCAGCA